AUGAACUAUGAAAAUUACAAUGGUCAUCGGCAUGUUAUUAGGGUACAUGAAACCACACCAUUGCAUAAAUGGUUUAAAGAUUCUCUAGAUGAGGAAGAAAUGGAGAUUUCAGUGAAUAGUUAUCACCAUCAAGGCGUGAAGCGAUUGGCUGAACGAUUUGUUCCAAUUGCUUUUGCUCCUGAUGGUCUGAUUGAAGGGUUUUAUGAUCCUGAUGCUUAUAAUCCUGAAGAGGCCAAGUUCACAAUGGGACUGCAAUUUCAUCCAGAAAGAAUGAGAACGAUAGAGUCUGAUAAUUUUGAUUAUCCAGGAUGUGCAUCUGCAUACCAGAAGAAACUUGGGAGGAUAACAAGUGUGCAAAAGCGUGUCAAAUUUGAUCGGGAGAUGGAGAAAACAAGAAAGGGAAUUGCACGAAGUUUGUCAAUUGCAAGGAUCGUAUAUGGCGCAAGUAGGGGUAGAAUUUUAGCCCAGGAGUCCGAAGUCACGACUGGAGCAGAAUUUCUUGAGGACAAUACAUCAUCGAGCCUGCAACAACAAAAGAGACUGAAGCAGAUGGGAGCAACAGUGAGGAUUGCUUCGGUAUACAUUGACAGAUUGAAAUUGAACGAUCGAAGGGAGAAAGCAGCAAAAGAUAUAAUUGGGAAAAUGUCUAUUGAACAAUUGUCUGAAAUGGUUUCCUUCUAUCAUAUGAUGGGUAAUAUGUGUUCUGGGGCCUUGGAGAAGAAGCUCAAGAACUAA